UCUCUGUCAGAGCUGUGUGAGGAUUCCCUCAGGCACAGAGAGUUCAGUAUUUUCUGUGAAUGUAAGCGAGCCGCCUCUGCUUCCUCACGUGACCGCGCUUUACAGAGCGAGCGCGCGCUCUUCCACUCUGGACUCUGAAGACUCUCUGGAGCGCCCAGGAUCCUAAACAGGUGUGAUGGUGAGGAUAUCCAGCUCUUCUUCCAUGUGCGUGCUGGUCUUCACCUUGGGCUUCCUCGUGUUUGAGAUUGUAGUCGGCCAGAUUUGCAGAUCUCUCCUCAUCGCGGUGGACAGCUUCCACACGCUCUAUGUUUUCAUAAAUCUGGCUCUAUCAGCAAUAAAGCAUCAUUUUGCUUCAUCCCGUCCAGACGUCUGUGCUUCAGGAGCUCUGAGCUCUCUCUGUGUGGAGGACUACAGAAGGAUGCGUCUCAAACCCUUCGGCGUCCUGAUCUCAGCUCUGAUCUUGGCCUCUCAGUGUGUCUCCAUCAGUCUGCAGAUCCUCACACAUCUCGUCCAGCCUGAACCCGUUCAACACCCACUCCUGUCCACUGUGGUUGGAGGAACUAGUCUGAUAUUCAAUGUCCUUGUGUUGGCCUGCAGCAGAGGGACUGAUGAAGCUGCUGAUGGGAUCAGCAAGAGUCUGGUGCGAAACGACCCUUAUUCUACAUUUAACCCUGAAGCCUCUAGUGUUCUGGAUCCAGGUAGAGCUGAGUCCCCAAAGUCCAGCAUCUCUGAUCCAGUUCAGUCCAGUCCUGCACAAACGCCCAUUCCUCGUAUCUGUGGAAGUGCUCAGGACAUCAUUCAGCAUUCAGAGCCACUUCCAGGAGAACCGCGUCGCUCCGCCUGCACUGAACCCACCGUUUCCCGGUGUGCUCAUGGACUCAUGGGCUCCAUCGCCGUGGUCCAGGAUCUUCUGGGUUCAGUGCUGGUUCUGUGUAAUGGUCUGGUUCUCCUGCUGUCUGCAGCACACUGUCAUCAGCCUCACUCUGACUGUCAUCUGCUGGUGUAUCUGGACGCAGGGUUGUCCUCGGUGUGUGUGCUGGUGUUGUUGUCCGUGGCUCUGCCGAGGCUGUGGCGCUGUGGGCUGCUGGUGCUGCAGGCGACGCUGCUGCAUGUGUCCGUGGCUCAGGUGCGGCGGAGGAUCACACGAGUCCCAGGUGUGCUGUCUGUCCACGAGCUGCAUGUGUGGCAGCUGUCCGAGGCGCUGCUGGUGGCCUCGCUGCACGUGCACUGUCCGGCCGAGCUGAACGCAGCGCACUGCACAGAUCUGAUGGAGAGGAUCACAGCAGCGCUGAACGCUUUCGGCAUCAAACACUGCACCGUGCAGCCGGAGCUCAGCCGGAGCGCCGCCGCGACCUGCAGUCUGCGCUGUGGUCAGGAGUGUGUGGACAAGCUCUGCUGCUCCCCUCGAGAGGAACAGGAGGAGUCCUGCUCUCCAGCGCCGUACAGUGGUGAUCAGAUCACAGAUGUGGUUAUUCAGAGCACGUACCUGUGAUGAUUGAAGGGUCAUCAGAUGCCCAUCUUCCACGAGUUGAUUUGUGACCUUGGACCACAAACUAGUCUUAAGGGUCAUUUUUUUUUUUUUUUUUGAUAUUAAUUC